AAAGACUCCACCGCUAACCCCCAAGUAGACAAACUGCGCGAGUUCUGCAACAGGCCGAUCUGACGGGAGCUUCAUUCUUUGUCAACCACUCAAAUCUGCAUCGCGAUCGAGAUAAGGUGUCAUCCAAUGUUGGCAAAGGUACCCAACCGGGCUCCAUCCCAACUGGGCGGACGGUGCCUAAAUCUGGAUCUCAUAUAAGAUAGCUCUGAGGAUCUCGGCAACAAGGCAUCAAGGUUGUCAUCAUACCCAAACAACAUCCCCCGCUUCCUACUACAAAUAGACCAUCUCCUCCCGAGCCACAUCUCAAGCGUUCGUUCAAGUCCAACCCUCAGAUAUCAGCAGGUUAUCAACACUCUCCACAGAAAACAUAACAGCAAAAAUGUCGGUACCAAGCACGGAAAUCGAGAGCCAUGCCAAGUCCAUCAAGGUCGCCAUCGUAGGUGCCGGCUCCGUUGGUGUCACCACCGCGUACGCCCUCCUCCUCAGCCAUCUCGCUGCCGAGAUCGUCCUCAUCGACAUCGACAAGAACCGCGCCCUCGGCGAGGUUAUGGACCUUUCACACGCCGCCCACUUCGCGCACGCCAAGGUCAGCGUGGGCGAGUACGAAAACUGCGCUGGUGCCACGGCCGUCAUCAUCACCGCCGGCGUCAACCAGAAGCCCGGACAGACGCGCAUGGAUCUGGUCAAGACCAACUACGGUCUGUUUGAGCAAAUCGUACCGCAGAUUGCCAAGCACGCGCCCAACACGAUCCUGAUCGUGGCCACCAACCCCUGCGACGUGCUGACCAAGGCCGCGUACGAGCUCAGCGGAUUCCCCGUCCAGCGCGUCAUCGGCUCAGGCACCGCCAUGGACACCACCCGCUUCCGCCACGAGCUCGGCAAGCACUACGGCGUCAACCCGCGCAACGUGCACGCCGUCAUUGUGGGCGAGCACGGCGACAGCCAGCUGCCCGUGUGGUCGCUCGCCAGCAUCGCCGGCAUGCGUCUGGAGGACUACUGCAAGCAGAAGGGCAUCGCUUACGAUGAGGACGCUAUGGAUGCGCUAAGCAAACGCACACGCGAGGCGGCUUAUGAGAUUAUCCAGAGGAAGGGAAAGACGAACUACGGUGUGGCAAGCGUACUGGUGAGCAUCUUGGAGCCUAUCAUUACCAAUGCCGAUCAGCUGGUUACCGUGUCGAGAGUGGGUGACUAUGCCGGCGUGGAGGGUGUGGCGUUGAGCAUGCCGUGCAAGUUGAACAGCAAGGGAGCGCAUCAGGACGUGGAACUGUUGCUGAAUGAGAAGGAGAAGGAGGCGUUGAGGAGGAGUGCUACGAGUAUCAAGGAGUGCUUUGAUACUGUUGCCAAGAGAGAGUAGGUUGAUUUCUUGGUCACGGUGAGGAUUCAUCUCCGGGACCUUCAUGGCGCUUCUUUCUCUUCUUGAUGUUGUUUUGCUUCAAAGUGGUUUUGCUGUUUCAUGGAUUGUUUGGGUUGCAAAGAGGGCUUCACCAGUAGGUGAGAUACCAUAGGCUGGCGCAAACGGGUGAGAGAAGGUUAUUUUGAGGUUCUACCCGGACGUAGCUACAGCUAUACUGAUGCAUAGGCGUUAUUCAGAAUACUGCCAAGGUUAUCACAAUGAAUGUCGUUCAGAGUUCUUUCCAAUUUUGAGUAUGGUGUCUCAAAUAUGUUCGGGAGGUACGCUCUCGAGAAGGUUGGAUUUCCUCAUUAACCCAACGCGGGGCGGAUUUCCUCUUCGUGUUCUCUUUCUUUUCUUGCCCACUUCACCCUUUUCGACAGGAGGAAAGUAUUUAUCCUCCUGUGGGAAAAUACAGCAUUAGGCUUUGCCUCCGCGUCAUCCAAAUUUCUCUCCAAAAC